UCAGAUCUUAUAACGCACAUAACGUGUACAAACAAUAAAAAACUAAGAACCGUAAACAUUAGUCCGAAGUUUAUGGUUGCACGAAGUAAUCAUUGGAACUGUCGACUGUCGGUCAUCUAAUCAGUGAACAAAUAUUUAACGCAAACAUGCGCUUCACUCGGUGGUGAGUUAUUUCAAAUUCUUGCUUUUCGGCUAGAGUUUCUCUGUUACAAAAUGCAUGUUUUUUUCGCGAUCUUUUUCGGCUUACUUGCGCUACUAGCCAGCGCGCAAGUCAUGAAGGAAAAUGUUUGUGGACACAACGGUGUUGUGUGUAUCGGCAUUCCCAAUGGUUGCCCAAUGGGCGGUGGCGGUGAAAUAGACUUCCACUACUGUGAUGCACUAGCGAUAAUCCAGGACGGUUCAUACGGUUGGACACGCAUUGAUCUGUGGGGUUCUCCACUUUUCGAAGAAGCAGUGGGUGGAACAACGCAUAAAUGGGUUGGCUUAAGCUUUUCCGAGGAAGGUGAUACAAAUAAUUCUCCCGGCGUUUACUGUUUGGCGGCUGAAGGCAACAUUACAACGCAAUUUGGCUGGAACACUCUUACAGACCGAAUGCAGCCUGGUUUGACAGGAACCGAAUUAUCUAUCAUGGAAAAUCCGAUGUUAGAGCUCAAGACCUCAUGGGACGGCUUGAAAGGAUUCCGUUGCUCCUUGAUGCUUGAAGGAAGUUUUACAGUCAAAGGUCACGACACCGAUCUAGGCACGAUGGCGUUCUACUCGAUGGCCACUGGUCUUAUUACGAAGGGCACAGCCGAACCUUCAGGGCGGGUGUACAGUUAUAUGGUCACCCGUGUUAAGACCCGGAAUACCGGUCAUGACACGGACCGAUCAUUCGCCUCGUACUGUCCGCGUGGAAAUACCACGGCACCCCUGGAGGAUUUUUGUGAUAUGACGGAAUACACAAAAUACGUCGCGGACUCGAUGGCUUAGCCGCAAUGGGAAUACGUUGAUACGUAGUCGCAUACCUAGCAGCAACAGUUUGUUUCAUAUGGCUGCAUAUUUAUAUAUAGAUCCUUCCCCGUUAAACUUACCCAUUUUUUGUCCUGGUUUCAGUCAGUCUGUAUCGACAAAUUUUUCCGGGCCGCACAGAAUCGACUUAUGCAAUGUGUACUAUUCAUACUGAAUGAUUGUACAGAUGUACCUACAUUGUAGAUGGACUUCUGCAAACUUCAUUAUAAAGUGUUUCCUAAGUCGGUUUAUGGCAACGAAAUCACUUAAAAUCUGC